AUGUCUUCCACCUACGUCCACUACUCUGCCCCCUCCUCGCUAUCCUCUGACUAUGCUAUUCUGUCCCGGUACAACGCGGCACACGACCAGAAUUUGGACGAACCCGACACGAACAGUGAAGCUCCCUCUACCUUUGACGAACAUGACAUCGAAGCCCGCGACGAAAACGGCCUAGAUAUCCACGGCCGCACCACAACUCCACGGCGAGACAGCCACACUUUCCAGUAUCUCCCCCCUUUCAACCCCACCAUGGGCCCUCUCCCUGACCGACAUGGCCACCGCUCAGGCCCCAAACAAGUCGACCCCACUGAGCACACACCCCUUCUAGCUCCCCCCGUUCCCCGCAUUCAGGAAGUCUGCGAUCCCGAGAACUCUUCGGAUCCCUCGGUCUACUCCAAAAUGUUCUGGGAAGAGCUUGCGAUCCUCACCAAAUACACUCUCCCCGUGUUUGGAACACAUCUCUUCGAGUUCUCGCUCGUCAUCGCCGCUGUGAUAUCCAUAGGACACCUGUCCACCACAGCGCUUGCCGCGUCCACCCUUGGGUCCAUGACUGCAAGCGUCUCCGGAUUCAGUAUAAUCCAAGGCUUCGCGAGCACGUUGGACACCAUGCUCCCCAGCGCAUGGACCUCUUCUCAGCCGCAAUUGGUUGGUCUUUGGUCUCAGCGCAUGGCUAUCGUCAUGUCGGCUGCUCUAGUGCCCAUCUUCUGCGUUUGGUGGAGCUCUGAGAGUAUUUUACUCUAUCUGAAGCAGGAGCCUGAAGUCGCUCGGCUGGCUUCUGUAUACCUCAAGUGGGCGUCAAUUGGGCUCCCGGCAUACGCCUUCAAUGCCAUCUCCAGGAGAUAUUUCCAAUCACAAGGACUUUUUGACGUUCCAACGAGGAUCAUUCUGGGUGUAGCGCCCAUCAACGCCGUCUUGAACUAUGUGCUAGUAUGGGGACCGGAGCCUAUACGUCUAGGCUUUAUCGGAGCGCCGAUUGCUACUGCAAUCUCCUUCAACCUGAUCUCGCUACUUUCCAUCAUUUAUGGAGUAUUCUUCGUUCCGAAGACGGCAUGGCACCCACUUAGCAUGCGUUGCUUCACUAGUCUCGGUGUCUUGGUCCAGCUCGGUCUUUCCGGCGUUGGACAGGUCGCGAGUGAGUGGUGGUCCUGGGAACUUGUCGGACUCGCGGCGAGCCAGCUAGGCCCCACCGCACUGGCUACACAGUCUGUACUUCUUGUGUCGGCAUCGACAACAUACCAAGCUCCGUUCGCCUUGAGCGUGGCAUCCUCGGUUCGCAUCGGCAACCUUCUCGGAGAAGAGAACGCCACACGUGCAGCCGUGGCCACGAAGUGUUCUAUUCUCAUGUCCCUCGCGAUAAGUGCUCUAUGGAGCACGAUGUUUAUGGCCUUCCGGUAUCAGUGGGCAUACAUCUUCAACGAUGAUCCCGCUGUCGCCACAAUGGUCGCCGCCAUCCUCCCGCUAGUCGCCCUCUUCCAAGUCUUCGACGGUCUGAGCGCGAUCGCCGGGGGAGUCCUGCGCGCGAUUGGCAAGCAGUUCACCGGCGCGCUGCUCAAUCUGAGCGCCUACUAUGUCAUCGGCAUUCCUUUCGGCAUCUGGCUGGCCUUCUGGAAGGACAUGCACUUGCACGGUCUGUGGAUCGGUCUGACCAUAUCGCUUGUGUACAGCGCAGCGGCUGGGGUGUGGCUCAGCCUGCACACCGACUGGAACCGCGAGGUGGAGAAAGUGCGCCUCCGACUUGCGGCCGACCGCAAGGCCUCCUUCGAGCACAGUGAUGUGGAAGGCCGAACACAGUGA